ACUACUCCUCUUAUGAGUUAUGACUUGGUCCUUCACGACCUUCACCUUUUCCACUAGCUCUUUAUGCCUCUCUCUCACUUGCUCUGGUCCAAAAACACAAACAAAACCCAAAAGACCCACUUUUCAUAGAUUCAAGAAAUCAUGUACUAUCUUCCCAGUUCUUGUUUGGUCUUGUUCUUUCUCUUCUCCUUAUUUCACCAUCUUCCCUGUGUUUCAAGUAAACAAGAACUUGGAUUGUGUGAAGCUCAGUUUCAGUGCGGGAACAUCACCGCCGGUUUCCCCUUCUGGGGAGGGAAACGUCACAAAGAUUGCGGUCAUCCAUUGCUGGAACUUCGCUGCCCUAACAACAUCACCUCCUUAACCAUCUCAAACCAUCUGUACCAUGUUCUCCAUAUAGAUCAAACAUCUAAGACUCUUAAACUUUCCAGUUCAGAGUUACAAGGUUCAUUUUGCAACUCUACAUUCACAGGCACAACCUUGCCUCCCCAAAUCUUUGAGCUUUCACCGACCUUCAAGAACCUCACUGUUUUCUACCUCUGCGACCCUAAGCGUUCUUACCAUUCAAGUUAUACAUGUCCUGGUUGGGGUCCUAUCUCAGUUUCUGAAAACCUUGAUUAUCAUAAGUCCUGCCUUGACAGUUUCACAAUUAACGUUCCUAAGAGCUUUGUUCCAGAAGAGAAAGAGUUAAAUUUAACACAUAUAGAAAGUGCUUUAAGAGAAGGGUUUGAGGUAAAGCUAAAGAUUGACCAGAAAGCGUGUCAAGACUGUUCAUCUCAUGAAAUCUGCGGCUUCAACAAUACCACACAUGUUUGCUGCAAAGAAGCCUCAUCAUCAGCAUGCAACUCACUCCAUCCACCCAGCCCUGGCUCUAGACAUGUGUUGGAGGUGUUACAAGAGAGGGUCCAUUCAUUUUUUUUCUCCAAAAAACAUAAGAAAAAAGGACCUUUUUCUUUUUUCCAGCUCAGGGAUCUCAAUUUUAUUGAGCCGGACUUGCAUCCACCCGUAGGGGAACCUUCACCCGGCCCCAUUGCUAUUCCCGACUUUGAUGUAGAAGUUGAUUAUGCUCCACUGUCUCCAGGGUCUUAUGAUGGGAGAGAGGAUGGUAAACCUCGUAUUAGCUUCUGGGUAUUCCUACCAGUAGUUCUUCUUCUGAUUCUGUUCGUGGUCUUAAUCUACGGAAAUAUAAAGAAAUCAAAUGAUCUGGGUCAACAGAACAUUCCAAACCCAAAACUCCUAGCACUUAUUCCACUGAAGCAUUAUAGUUACGAAGAACUGAGGAGGAUUACAAAUUCAUUCGCGGAAGUAGUCGGGAGAGGAGGAUUUGGAACUGUCUAUAGAGGAAUAUUUUCUGAUGGUCGUAUGGUUGCAGUGAAGGUCUUGAAAGACUUGAUGGGUAAUAGUGGUGAAGACUUCAUCAAUGAAGUUGCAAGCAUGAGCCAAACUUCUCAUGUCAACAUCGUUACCCUGUUAGGGUUCUGCUAUGAAGGUUACAAGAGAGCAAUUAUAUAUGAAUUUAUGGAAAAUGGGUCUCUUGAUAAAUUCCUCUCAAGCAAGAAGUCGUCAAAUAUAGACUGGAGGGAACUAUAUGGGAUUGCGCUAGGCGUUGCUCGUGGUCUAGAGUACUUACAUCAUGGCUGCACAACAAGAAUUGUACAUUUCGACAUAAAACCACAGAAUGUACUCUUAGAUAACAAUCUUUCCCCGAAAGUUUCAGACUUUGGUCUUGCUAAACUCUGCGAAAGGAAAGAAAGCUUAUUGUCCCUUCUACACACAAGAGGAACCAUAGGGUACAUUGCACCCGAAGUGUUUUCAAGAGUUUAUGGCAGCGUCUCCUACAAGUCAGAUGUGUAUAGCUAUGGAAUGUUGGUUCUCGAGAUAAUAGGAGCUAGGAACAAAUCAUCAACUGGCGAUACUGCAUCUAGCACAAGCUCAAUGUACUUUCCUGAAUGGAUAUAUAGGGAUCUUGAGAAGGCAGACAAAGGAAAGCGUAUCGAGAAUGGAAUCAGCAGCGAAGAAGAUGAGAUAGCAAAGAAGAUGACGAUAGUAGGUUUGUGGUGUAUUCAGCCUUGGCCAUCAGAUCGCCCAACGAUGAAUAGAGUCGUAGAGAUGAUGGAAGGGAACCUGGAUGCUCUUGAAGUCCCUCCUAGGCCUGUUUUCCAACAAAUCCCCACAUCAAAUCUUCAAGAAUCUUCUACCUUUUCAGAGGAUAGCUCGGCAUACACAGAAGUAUGUUCCAUAAAUGUCGCAUAAAGAAAGAAACCUCCUUGGAACCUAUUAAAGCAAAAAAAAAACAGCCGCUACACUUAUUUAUUUUUACAGCUUUGUCUGGCAUGACAAGCCAAGGAAAGAUGAGAUCAAUAAUUUUGAGUUUCAUUUUCAAAUAUAACCUGUUUUGUAAAUGUUUGAGCCAUUGUAUUUUUGUCACUAUCAGGCCUUUUCAUGGGAGCAAUUCACUACUUCAUGCCUA